AUGCUCACGGCCACUAUACAGUUCUUCAAUGGCUGUCUGUUAGAGAACAGACCCGCAGAGUGCUUUCGCAUCAUUCCCGGAGCUGUCGAGUUUCCACAGUACUUCAGGCUCAAGACAGGGUAUGCGGCGCCGUACGCUCACUUCGUAUUCCGGGAGAACAUUUACCCAGAAGACGAAUUCCUCCCAAUAUACCAACCAAUCAUGCCCCAUCUCGUGGACUUCAUCAACCUCACGAAUGACCUCAUGUCAUUCUACAAGGAAAGCAUACUAUCUGACGAGCGAUUCUUCCUGUAG